AUGGUUCUUUAUGACACUGUGACGAUGAUGACAAAGCGUAUUGGCGUAUUAGCUCUACAAGGAGCGUUUGCAGAACACAUUGCCCUUUUGAAUAAAGCCAUUGAAGAUAAUAAACAUGAUAUAGAAGUAAUAACAGUUAAGACUGCUCCACAGCUUUCCUCCUGUGAUUCUUUAAUUAUACCUGGUGGUGAAUCUACGACAAUCUCGCUAAUUGCGAAAAGAACAGGACUUUUUGAUUCCUUGAUUGAAUUCGUUCACGACCCCACUAAAACGGUGUGGGGGACCUGUGCUGGAUUGAUUUUUUUAGCUAAACAACUCAGCAAUGAGUCGAGCUUGGUAAAUUCGCUCGACCUGUUAAAGGUAAAGGUGAGAAGAAAUGCGUUUGGUCGUCAGGCUGAAUCGUUCAUCGAAACAUGUGACUUUUCUUCAUUUAUUCCUGAUUGCACAGGUUUCCAAGUCUACUUCAUUAGAGCCCCAAUUAUAGAAGAGAUAUUAUCUCAGGAUGAUGUAGAGACAUUGUACACUUUAAAAGAUGGAUCAAUAGUGGCAGUCAGUCAACAAGGACGCAUUCUAGGAACGUCUUUCCAUCCAGAAUUGUCCGAUAAUGAUGCCAGAUUCCACAACUAUUUUAUUCAGAAAUUUGUUCUAAACAAUUGA